AUGCAACAGAAUGAAAGCACGAGGAACUUGUCCAGUCCUGUACAUGAAGAUAGGGAUAUUUUCAAAGAUGGACGGCUUGGUAUGUCGAACGUCGUUAUAAUGACAGUCGUUUUAUUCGCCAUAUUCGUAGUGAGUUUUGUUGGAAAUAUUACUGUGUUUGUGAUAUUCUUCAAGCGGCCAGUGCUUUUGACGAUUUCUAAUAGGUUUAUAGUAAAUCUAUCAGUUUGCAACAUUCUUCAGACUGUUGCCAUAAUGCCUUUUGUGGUUACAUCGCUUAUUUCUCAAGAGUGGUGGUUCGGUUCAUUUUGGUGCCACGCUUCUGGAUUUGGAAUGAACCUGAUUUUUACUGCAAGUACAUUUACAUUGCUCCUAAUUGCCAUAGAUCGUUAUUUGGCUGUUGCAAAACCAUUACAUUACUCAAUGACGAUGACAAGCAAACGGGCGUCCGUAAUGAUAGCUUCAGUUUGGUUUUCAGCCAUCUUGUGUUCACUACCACCACUUUUAGGAUGGAACAGCUAUGAAUUCCAGCGAUACAAAAUUUCAUGUAUGACAGUUGCAUAUAGUAAACAUCAUAGAGAUCGAUCUUACAGCAUUUUCCUUGUAACAGUGUGUUUUAUUCUGCCUUCAUGCAUAAUCAUGUGGGCAUAUUGUUCUAUUUUUAAAGCGGCGAAAGUAAGCAGCGAAAAGGUGCGGCGGAACAGUACAAUAUCAUCUGGACUUAAUGAUUACUCCGAGUUAUCACUAAGAGGGGGUCGUCGCAACAGCUCUGCGCAAAUUUUGAUGCACAGGCUUAUUUGCAGCAGCAAAACCGGGUCAGUUCUCUGGAGACGCGAUGAGAGAAAGGCCGCAGUGACUAGUUUUAUGGUGUUAUUCACAUUUAUUUUAUGUUGGUUGUUGUACUUUAUCAUUAUUAUUCUAGAAUGCCUUUUAGACGAUCAAGAUCGUAUUGACCCCGUCGUUAAGACGUUGUCAGUGUUACUUGCCCUGUCGAGUUGCGCAAUAAAUCCACUAGUUUAUGUGUUUCGCUGUAAACUUCAGAGGGUUGAAUUGAAAAUCAUCUUGGGUUUAAAGCAGGAAAGUUUAAAUAGGGAUAUGUGCAAAGGAAAUCGAAAUGAGUCAAGAAGACCAAGUUUUAACCCGAACUGCAUCCGACAAUCUCCAUGCAUAUCACGGGAAGGAAGUCAAGAAUCAGAGGUCAUUGAAAUUCUUCACCACGUCAAUACAGCUGCGACAUUGACCUCAAUGAUUAUUCAGGAAGAGGACGAAAAAUUGGCAAUGACAAAAAUAUAAAUGGAUAUUUAUAUUGGUUGAAU